GUAUAGUCAAGCUAAAUGUCUUUCAUUAGAAGUCAGCCAUGGCUUAUAAUAAAUGUGUUAUUUAUUCUUUCACAGGGGGCAAUAUGUGAUUUCUGUGAAGCUUGGGUUUGCCAUGGCAGAAAAUGUUUGAGCACCCAUGCCUGCAUCUGUCCUCUGGCUGAUGCAGAAUGCAUUGAAUGUGAGAGGGGUGUCUGGGAUCAUGGAGGCAGGAUAUUUAGCUGCUCUUUUUGCCAUAAUUUCCUUUGUGAAGAUGAUCAGUUUGAGCAUCAAGCCAGCUGCCAAGUCCUAGAAGCUGAAACCUUUAAAUGUGUUUCCUGCAAUCGACUUGGGCAGCAUUCAUGUCUCCGCUGUAAGGCUUGUUUCUGUGAUGAUCAUACACGAAGCAAGGUUUUCAAACAAGAAAAGGGAAGAGAGCCUCCAUGUCCAAAGUGUGGGCAUGAAACGCAGCAAACCAAGGACCUGAGCAUGUCAACUCGGUCUCUGAGAUUUGGCCGUCAGACAGGAGGCGAAGAAGCUGAUGGGGCUUCUGGUUAUGAUGCCUAUUGGAAAAAUCUUUCAGCUGGCAAAGGUGUUGAUACUGGAGAUCACGAUGAAGAAUAUGAUGAUUAUGAAGCAGAGGAUGAUGAAGAUGAUGACAAUGAGGAAGGAGGGAGAGAUUCGGAAUCAGAGACAACUGAUAUGUUCAGCAACUUGAAUUUAGGAAGGACCUAUGCUAGUGGCUAUGCACACUAUGAAGAGCCUGCUGACUAAGGCUGCUGUCCUUAGCACACUUAGCAAGAACUAAGUCCCCUUGAACCUAGUGGUACUUACCUUAUGGGUAAGGUCUAUGCUUAGGUCUAGUUCUAGGCCAUGCUUAGGAAGGAACUAACUGAGAGGAUCUCUGUAUGUGCUUAGUGAAAUUUAUGUGUGGCAUUGGUAUAACAGAAUGAGGCUUUUGAAUAGGGAAGCUUAUUAGGCACCAAAGAAAUGGAGCAGUUGGGUGAGGCCAAGGAAAGAUUUAGAUGGUUCAAUGGAGCAUCCUGUUUGUACGUUCACAUGAGAUCAGGGGGCUUAAUAUUCUUUCUGCCAUUCAGGACAAAAGUGUGAAGAGAUAAAGGCAAUAUUUGUUUCCAUGCAGUCAUCAGAUAUGAAGUUCUUUAGCAAUUCUGGUGGUUGGUUUUGGCAUCAUGCUCCAUAAAUUAAGAAAAUCAGUGGCAAUAGGCAUCUACAGUUUUUCUGUAUCAAAAGUUAUCUCCUGUCAUGUGCAAAUGAUUUUUUCCAUAAAUAUUGAUCCAGCUUUGGCAAUGGGGAAAUGCUUGCUGCAAGCUAUUGUAGUUGAAUAUAUAAAUUUAAAUUAAAUUUACUUUGGUAGUUUGUGUCAGCAAGGCUGAUCAAUAUAUUUUCUUGCAAUUAACUUCUGUAACAUUAUCAGUUCUUGCCAUUUUGACAUGCUAUAAAUUAAUUGGAAGUUUUCAGCUACCUGUGACCUAAAUAAACUUUUGAUUUUCUA